AAGUGGCUUUGCAGGUACCUAUUUGACUGGUCUUGAACACAAUGAUGAGUUCUAUACCGAUAAAAAUGGAAGAAUACGUACAAGAACAAACCGGUCCGGUGGAAUUCAGGGAGGGAUCUCAAAUGGUGAAAUAAUAAACAUGAGAGUAGCCUUCAAGCCAACAUCAACAAUUGGAAAGAAGCAAAAUACUGUAACAAGAGACAAGGUAGAAACCGAAAUGAUUGCGCGUGGCCGUCAUGAUCCUUGUGUUGUUCCACGAGCUGUGCCAAUGGUGGAAGCAAUGGUGGCUUUAGUUCUUGUGGAUCAGUUGAUGGCACAAUACGCACAAUGCCAUUUGUUUCCAAUAAACCCAGAGUUACAGGAACCUCUCCACACAGAGCAGCCGCAGAAUGCUGCUGCUUUGUAAGCAAACCUCGAGCAGGUAGAGUGGGAGAGAGAGAGAGAGGCUUCACUUUUGUUGUGUGAUUAUUAUGAAUAAAAAUGUUUGUUUAA